AUAUGUUACCCUAAAAACUCCUUCUGUCUGGAGUUUGGUGAAUUAUGGAAAUGUUUUUUCCAGAGUAAGUUCUGGAUGAGAGGACUGCUGUGUGUGGAUCUCAAAGGAUGCUGCAGCAGCUCCCAGUCUGGAUCAGUUUAUGUCCCACUUUGUGUGUGUAUAUACCUGUGUGUGUGUGUGUGUGUGUGAUCUCCACGCAGAGAAAAGAACUGCUCGAUGCAGUGCAGAUCGGAUAAAGUUUCCUCUCAGCGAGGUCUCGGAGGAUGCACACAGCCUGCUGUCGUGUUGCUCCUCCUCGACAGAUUCAAGAGUGUGAGGGACUUUAACCGGAAACCAAACUUUUUUCUUCGAGCUUCUUUCUCUGAGGCAAAAGAGGAAAAAAGAGACGAGCUUCGGUGUCACAAACUACACGGUUCCUCCUUUUUCUCCAUUUACGUGUGCUGUUGGAAAUGUGUGAGCUGCCGACCGACAGGGGAGAAGAAAACCGUUUCAAGCGACGAUAAGAGCGACGUGGACUGAUUUUAGGCUACUGACUCACAUAACGGAUUCUGGUCCUUUAUCAUGGAAGAUGGUGUGAAAGAGGAUCCAGCUCAAAGUAAAGAGCCAAAGUUCCUGGGUAAGGCUGGCUGGGUGAAGAAGGCCCCCGGCAGACUGUUGGCAAGCUAUAAGGACCGCUACAUCCACGUGGAGAAGACAGAGAUUGUGGUGUAUGAAAAUGAGGACCGGCAGAACUGCUUAGAGAGGCUUGACCUGGAAAACUAUGAUAAAUGUCAUGAAUUAAAGAGCCCCUUCAAGAAGAAGCACAGAUUGAUACUGAUUCGAUCACCCAAGUCUGGAAAUAAGGUGAGCAGAGAGCUGCUUUGGGUGAAUGUCAAUGUAAAAUGCAACAUCAUAUGUCAUGGUACAAUAAAAAAAGUAAGUCAUCAAAGUCAUUUAAUAUAACUGGUAUUGGAUUGUUCACUUACAAUAGUUCCCACAACUCAAGCAGAACAAAUAUUAGGUGACAUAAUCCAAGGAUGGCUCCUGUCAGGAGGUUGAGAGCCAGUAGGGUAAGACACUGCCUGAAAGUGUACUGAAAAUCUAAAUCAAGCAGGUGAUGUGAGAGCUGUAACG